AACACCCCCAAACGAUCGAGUUCCAUCUCACCAAGCUACAUAUAAGCAAAGCUCCUCUUCUGGGUUUCUGACAAAGCUGUCAGGCUGAGAAUAGGGCACCGAUCGAUCGAUCAACUGAAACGAAAGCACAUCGUCUUUCUAUCGAAAUCUUAGUAUGGCGACGUCGGCGAAGAUUCUCCGCCUUGCCGCCGUCACCUUGAUGGCGGUGCUUGAGCUCAGCCUCGUCGGCGCCAACUUCCUGGGCGACUGCGACAUCACGUGGGAGCCGCAGAACGCCGAGAUGGACGAGGGCGGAAACCACCUGACGCUGUCCCUCGUCAGCAACUCCUCAGGCAGUAUGCUCCGGACGAAGAAGCAGUUCAUCUUCGGCAGCGUUUCCACUCGGAUCAAGCUAGUGAAGGGCAACUCGGCUGGCACGGUCACGACCUACUACACGUCGUCCAUCGGCGACAACCACGACGAGAUCGACUUCGAGUUCCUGGGCAACGAGACUGGCAAGCCCUACACCGUGCACACCAACGUCUUCGCCGACGGCAUUGGUCAAAAGGAGAUGCAGUUCCGGCCGUGGUUCGACCCCACCGCCGAUUACCACAACUACACCAUCUUCUGGAACCAGUGCAUGAUCGUGUGGUUCAUCGACGAUAUCCCGAUCCGUGUGUUCCGGAACUACUCGGCGCAGGGCGUGCCGUUCCCGACGCGGCGGCAAAUGUACGCCUUCUCCAGCAUCUGGGCGGCGGAGGACUGGGCCACGCAGGGCGGCCGCGUGAAGACGGACUGGACCAAGGCGCCUUUCGUCGCCGAGUACCGCGACAUCAACCUCCGCGUCUGCGACUGCGCCUCCUACGGCGCCGCCGGGUGCCCGGACAGCUGCGCAUCGUCGUCAAACUGGUACGCCGCGCCGGACCUGUGCCAGCUGAGCGAGAAGCAGCUGAAGCAGAUGCGCGCCGUGCAGCUCGGGUACACCAUCUACGACUACUGCGCCGACGGCAAGAGGUACAACGGCACGGUGCCGCUCGAGUGCAGCAUGCGGCAGUACUGAUCAAAUCAAUUUGGAUCGCGAUGGAUUCAUUUUUGUUUCCUACCUUCUUCAUUGAUUUUUUAUGCAUUCAUAUGCAGCUGUGUUUUUUAUUAUAUUGUUUGACUUGUUGAUUGAUAGCUAUGCGUAUCAACAAUUGAAGAAAUUUUGUGAUUCUUUUUUCCUGUUCUAUAUGCUGCUGCCAUGUAUAUUUGUAUGAAAUUUUACAAAGAAUAUGCCUUUUGUAAUUUCUGAAACCAGAUGAUUGUUUGACAUCACAAUAUGCUUCAAACUUC